UUAAUAUCCGUUACAAACCCCUCUCUCUCUCUCUCUCUCUUUCUCUCUCAACUCUCAAGCACACUCAGUCUCUCACAGUAACAUAGAUAGUGUUAUCGAAAUUCGAAACCCUAACAAACCAAGAAAGUCAUGGCUCCCAAAUCCAAAUCCAAAUCCAAAUCCAAAGCCAAAACCCCGAAACCCUCUCCUUCCUCCUCAUCCUCCAUCUUCAAACCUGGCACGAGAGUCGAGGUCAGCUCCGAUGACGACGGAUUCCGUGGUUCUUGGUUCUCCGGCACCGUCAUCCGCCGCGCUGGUGCGGACAAAUUCACGGUCGAGUACGACAACCUCUUGGCCGACGAGCGGGGCAAAAAGAAGCUGAGGGAGCAGCUCGGCUUCCACCAGCUUCGGCCGCUUCCUCCGGAGGAGGCCGGCGUCGAAUUCAAGUUCGGCGAUGAGGUUGACGCGUUCCACAACGACGGUUGGUGGGAGGGGAGUAUCACGCAGGAGCUGGAGAAUGGUAUGUUCGCUGUUUAUUUCAGAGGGUCGAAGGAGCAGAUCGAGUUUACCGCGGACCAGCUGAGGAAACAUCGCGAGUGGAUGAAUGAGAAGUGGGUUCCGCCGUUUGCGCAGCAAGAACAAGAAGAGAAUAUGCUGUCAGACCCAAAUGCAAAGUCGGAUAAAACUGUGAAAGGGAAAGAAGUGGUGGCGACACCAAAUGUGACGUCUGAUGAUAAGGAUGUGAAAGGGAAGGGAGUGAUGUUGACACCAAAUGUGUCAUCUGAUGAUGAAGGGAAGGAAGUGGUGUUGACACCAAAUAUAAAGUCUGAUGAAACUGCAGAAGAGUUCAAUUUUAGUGCAGGGAUGCUGGUUGAGGUAAGCAAUGAUGAGGAAGGUUUCCAAGGAGCUUGGUUUUCUGCCACUGUUGUUGAAGUAAUUGGAGACGACAGGUUCCUUAUAGAGUACAAGACCCUGCUGGACGAUAAUUCAAAUCUUUUGAGAGAGGAGGCUGAUAAGUGGCACAUAAGGCCCCCUCCCCCAGCAACUUCUGAGAACAUUAAAUUCAGUUAUCUUGAAGAAGUGGAUGCUAUGUACAACGAUGGAUGGUGGGUUGGUGUAAUUUCCAAAGUUCUUGGCGACUCAAAGUACGUAGUAUACUUCAGGAGCUCCAAUGAAGAAAUAGAGUUUCCGAACUCCCAGUUGAGGCCACAUCUGGACUGGAUUGGUGGCAAGUGGGUCUUGGCUUCUGAGGCGUUGAACUUGUUAUGAACGCAGAUGAUAUCAAGAUAGGGACAGAAAACUACCUUAAAGUGAGUCACUCAUAAGGGUUCAUACCUCAUUACAACUAGUCAUGUUAAUAAAAUUUGGACUUCUCUUGCCAGAUAUGCUGAUGACAAGUAUAGGUUUCCAAUCAUGUAGUAUUUACUGUUGAUGAAUGCAGCGACAAUAACUCAUGCUUCUAAGGAAUUUUCAUAGCUAAGUGGAUUAGGAAUUUUCAUGAU